GCCCGGGCCGGCAUGAGGACGGCCGCGGGGGGACGAGUGCGGCCCUCGGGGCCGUAGCCUGCGUCGCGCCGGGGACAAAGAAGCCAUGCAGUGACACCUGCUAAGACUUGUUGGUAGCCAUGUCGGAGCCCCACAGGGUCCAGUUCACCUCUCUCCCAGGUUCUCUGAAUCCUGCAUUUUUGAAGAAAUCCCGGAAAGAGGAGGUUGGGGGAACAGAACAGCAUCAGGACUCUGAGCCGGCUGCAGCAGCUGUUCGGAUUACACUCACCCUCUUUGAGCCAGAUCACAAGCGCUGUCCAGAGUUCUUCUACCCGGAGCUGGUGAAGAACAUACGAGGGAAGGUGAAAGGCCUUCAACCUGCAGACAAGAAGAAAGAUCUCUCAGAUCCUUUCAAUGAUGAAGAAAAGGAAAGGCAUAAAGUGGAGGCCCUUGCCCGGAAAUUUGAAGAAAAAUAUGGUGGAAAGAAACGUAGAAAAGAUCGGUUACAGGACCUGAUUGACAUGGGGUACGGUUAUGAUGAAUCUGACUCCUUCAUCGAUAAUUCUGAGGCGUAUGAUGAGCUUGUUCCUGCUUCUUUGACUACAAAGUAUGGAGGAUUUUACAUUAACUCUGGAACCCUGCAAUUUAGACAAGCAUCAGAAUCUGAGGAUGACUUCAUUAAAGAAAAGAAGAAAAAAUCUCCAAAGAAGCGGAAGUUGAAGGAAGGUGGUGAGAAGAUAAAGAAGAAGAAAAAAGAUGACACUUAUGACAAGGAGAAGAAAUCGAAAAAGUCCAAGUUUUCCAAAGCCGGCUUCACGGCCCUCAAUGCCAGUAAGGAGAAGAAGAAAAAGAAAUAUUCUGGGGCUUUGAGCGUUAAAGAGAUGCUAAAGAAAUUUCAGAAGGAGAAGGAGGCUCAGAGAAAGAGGGACGAAGACCAUAAGCCCGUAGCGGUCUCGUCGGUGGAAGCUCAGGGCCUGCGGGAAUUGGAGGGCACCUCUGACCCCUUGCUCUCGCUUUUUGGCUCCACUUCUGACAACGACUUGCUCCAGGCAGCCACUGCCAUGGACUCGCUGACUGAUUUGGACUUGGAGCAGCUGCUUAGUGAGUCUCCAGAAGGAAGCCCCUUCCGUGAUAUGGAUGAUGAGAGCGAUUCCCUUGGGGUGGGACUGGACCAGGAAUUCAGGCAGCCCUCUUCCCUCCCUGAAGGCCUGCCUGCACCCCUGGAGAAGCGCGUUAAGGAGCUGGCUCAGGUAUGGGGGGUUUCCACAGACUGCCUAGUGUUCUCUCUCUGUUUCAGGACUCUGUUUAAGGAGAGCAGACGAGGCCAUGGGCACUUGACAUCAAUCCUGGCCAAGAAAAAAGUAAUGGCCUCUUCCAAAAUCAAGAUGAAGGAAUCAUCUACUAAGCCUGAUAAAAAGGUUUCCAUCCCACCAGGCCAGAUUGGCGGCCCCCUGGCUUUGCCUUCAGAACACCCGGGAGGAGGCCUGAGCACUGGGGCUGCAAACAGGGAGCUCUCAGCCCAGGCAUCUGGCAGCCUUGCUAAUCCUGCUCCUAUCAACCUGGAGGACUCGUUGGAUGGAGACUUGAUCCGUAAUUCAGCCUCCUCAUUGGAGGUGGUAUCUAAGGAACUGGCUGUGCUGAGCAGCAGAGCAGGUGGGAGCUCUGAGUUCCCACUGCCGGCACCCUCAAAAGCACCUGCAGAGAAGAUGGUGGGCGUCGUGUGUUCAGAAGAGAAGAGGAACUUUCCAAAGCCCAGCCCUUCUGCCCCACCAGCCUCUAGUUCCCUGCAGUCUCCCCUCAAUUUUCUGGCCGAACAGGCUUUGGCACUGGGGCAGUCCUCUCAGGAGACAAAACCAGAGAGCUCUGGCUACAAAGAGCUGUCCUGUCAGGCCACGCUCAGCAAGGGCCUGUCGGAAGUGCACCAGUCCAAAGCAAAGCACCAUGGCUUGCCACGGACGCCUCAUGCACCCCAGGCGGCAGCUCCUGUGCCUGGCCCCCAAGUCAAAGUCUUUCAUGCAGGCACUCAACAGCAAAAGAGCUUCACCCCUCCAGCUCCUUUUGUCAAUAAGCUCCAGGGCCCAAAGCCUUCCUCCCCGCAGUGCCAUCGUUCCCUCCUCCAGCUUGUGAAGACAGCAACCAAGGGCCAGAGCUUCCAUCCCUCCACGCCGGCCUCUUCAGGAGGCACACCAGCCUCUAGCAGCAACUCUCAUAAGACCCCAGCCUCGUCCUCCACUGCCCUGAGCCAUCCAGCAAAACAGCACUCAGCCAGCUCUUCAGGGCCAUCUUACAAGAAUAGUCCCUUUGCCAGCUCGGUCUCUAAACACGGGGUUUCUUCUGGCAGCUCUUCCUCUGGAGGAACACCAGUCCAGAGCUCUGCUUCCGGGAACCUGCUCCCCGGCGUACAGCCUCCCUCCACAGGACCGUCUGCCAGCAGACCUGUCCCAGGCUCUGCAGUGAAAAAACCACCUGUUUCCCAGAAGCUGACCCUGGUGGCCCCUCCGGGUGGUCCAAGUGGAGACUCCAGUGGUGGGACCCAGGGAGUGGCAAAGCUACUGACCUCCUCCCUGAAGUCCAGCGCGGUUAGCAGCGUGACAUCGUCUACCUCCUUGCCAAAAGGAACGAGUGGGGCUGUGCUGCUGGCCAGCUCCUCGCCCUUAAAUCUGCUGUCUGCAUCCUACAAGUCCGGCAGCCCGAAACUGCCCGGAGCCAUGAACUCCAGCUCCCUGGGGAUCAUCUCCCAGUUUCCCCUCCACGUGCUCUCCUUCAGCGCCGAGUCCUCUGCGAAAGCAGGGGUUUCCAAGGAUGCCAUCGUCACGGGUCCUGCCCCUGGGACAUUCCACCACGGCCUCAACCAUAGUCUCCUGGCUGGCUUGCACUCCAGCCCACCCCGUGCAGCGCCUCUCCCACACGCUGCCGUGUCCACCCACAUCCCGCAGAGUCUGCCAGAUGCUUCUCAACUUCAUGGAAAAGGGCCCGGUGUACCACGGAAAUUGUGAUCUCUUCAGAGGAAAGGCCCGACUAACUUAGGUCUGGGCGGAAGCUGAACAAGUAGGUCUCAGAAACUGGAUAAUCACUAUGCUCUUUCUGCCCCGAUUGGCUUUCUUCUGGAGAAGGUGUGAGUGCUAAGUGGAGCAUCUCUUGGCACUGUGAUGUGCCUUCUGUUAGGGGAGCAGCCCUGGGCUUCUCCGGAGGCACGGACUGGCGUGGUGCUCCGGGCUGCGCGGCUGUGUCAUGGACAAUCGUUGGAGGGGCAGCUCUGGGCUGGGGUGCGCGCUGGGUCGUGUACGAAGCUCUGGUGUCAGGGCGGAGCAGUUGGCACACGUGCUUUAAAUCCACCUGACCCCUGGCAUUUGGUCAGAGUACCUUAUGGUGCCCUAGUGGUCAGGGACUCCUUCUGGCCACAGUGGGAUCCCUGGAUGGUCAUGGUGUCUGUCCCAUCCUCAGGCUGUGUGCUCAACAGGACAAAAACCUCCCAGCUAACACAACAGCUGGGAGACUUACCUUACCUUGUUUUUUUGGAAAAAUACUCAGAACACCUAACGUGUGCUCAUCAUGGUGGGGGCCAGCAUCUCUGCUGAACGUGACAAUGAAGCUCUUUCAGAGAAAAGACCUUUGUAGAUUCAACAGUUGUGACAGGAUUUUUAAAGACACUUAUUUUGGUCCAGAUUUCAUCAUUACCAUUAAUGCAUUGGAUAGAAUGGGACUGCUUUUCGCAUGUCAUAUUAUAGUAAGACAUAAUUCCAGUGCCUUUAUGGUGGAGCAGAAUUAGACACACGUCCAUUCAGCCCUCUGGGUGGAUCUCAGAUGAAGACUUUUUUAAAAGAUAUGUCUGUAUUUAAGACAUAGCCAGUUUGAGUUUUUUACAGUUGCACAUCAUAAUCUGUGCCGUCCUGACUUGAAGGUCAUCUGGGCCCCCAAAUCCCAAGUCCCAGUACAGCCAGGGCCCCGUUUUAUUUGAGUUCAUACAGGUGGACUGCAGAGCCCCAAAGCCCUUCAUCUUUUGGAGGGCCAAGGAUAUGAGGGGUUCCAAGUCACAGACAUUCCAGUUUGUUUUGUUUAGAAACCAUUGUCAGGCAGAGCUGCAGGAACAGACCUCUGUGAAGCGUCUGCCAUGUAGAAACAGACUCGCCGUCCUGGAGCUCUCCACGCAGCAGGGCUGGGCUUUGACUUAAGGGUGGCGCACCAGUAAGCUUGGAGAGUGCGCCAGAGACAGACUAGGACAGCUACCGCGGAGCGCACUCAGCCGGCGGCUGCUUCACGAGGAUGGUUAGGGCACUUGCCUGUCCCGUGAAGUGUGUACCACAAGGCGUGUCUGAACUGACUGCUUCAGCUAAAUGAUUGCAAUUAUGUUAAGAGUAAUCCGCCUCCUCAGAAUGUACACCUGUGUGGAGACACAGGCAGCUCUCUUGGUUCCUGCCUUCCAGGGUACAGUGCUCAGUAACUCAGUUCAUGCAGAGGUUUGCCCGGGUUCCAGUGGAGCAACACCUCCGUCAGCUGUCCGGCUAGGCCUUUGCUGUUUAUUUGGUUUUUUUUUUUCUUUUCUUUUUUAAACGUAAGAACCAACAUGUGUUUCACAUCGGGCUAGAGUGGAUUCCUUAUCCCUUCAUUGUACCUAUUUUUUGCAACUUGGGUUUCCAGUUUGUUUACAGAAUAGUCUUAGGUAGUAGCAAAAGAGCCAAAGAAGAGAUUUGUAUUGCUGAGCUCAGAGCCGCGCAGAGGCCGCCCGUGAACACUGAGCAGUGGGAACUCUCCAGGUUUCUCCACCCGAGAACACCCAAGGUCCCUUCCUGCAGCGCUCCCUCCUCCCCAUGUACCAUUGAGUGUGCAGCUGGAGCAGAAUACCCUCAUUUUUAGGAAUCUAGUGAUGCCUCUUGCCUCAGGGAAACGUUUCUUUGAUGGGGAGUUUAUGAGAUUUGUUUUUCUUGUUUAUGCUUUAUUUGUGGUAACGAAAGAGUGAAUGACUUACACAGCCACGGCCUUUGCGCCCGGCAGGCAGAGCGGGCUCCGGGGCGGGGGAGGUGGGGGUGCUGCCCUCGGUGCAGCCGCUCCUGAGGUGUGAGAGGGGCUGUGGCUUUUGUGCAGCGAGACUAUGUUGGUGUUGGGGGGUGGUGUGGAAAUUGUUAAUCUUGUAUAAAGCAACUCAAUAAAUUGUUUCAAGGUUUCCAAAA